CGGGCUUAUCAUAAAAGGGCGGUCUUAACCAACGUCAUAAAGGGAACGCAGAGCCUCAUAAAUCCUCCAAAUCGUAUCGCUUAACCAUUCUUUCAGACGCUGCAACGACAAUGGCUGAUCAUACAUUCUGGCAGUACAUCCGCCUCAAAGUGAUCGUCACUUUCAUCCGUCUCAUAAACUACAUCUUCACGCGUCCUCACUUCACGCCCUCACCAACAUGCAUCCGCAAACUCAUCCGCAUUCCCUCCCGCGACCUCAAUCGCUUCAUCAACGCAUGGAUUUACUACCCGAACAACUACACCGACAGCCAAAAACUACCUCUUGUGAUUAAUUGGCACGGAGGUGCUUACACCCUCCCAAAUCUCGGCAUGGACCAUCACUUUUGCGAGAAACUAGCCAAUGAGAAUAACGUCCUUGUUCUUGAUGCUGAUUAUCGCAAAGCACCCGAGCAUCCUCUUCCUGGAGCUUUAGAGGACGUCGAAGAUACUUUUAGAUGGGUUGAGGGUCAGAGAAUAUUUGAUCUUGACAGAGUUGCCUUGUCGGGGUUCAGUUCUGGGGGAAACCUUGCGCUUGUUGCAUCGUCUGAACUGAGACGUGAGUUUAAGAUGAACAUCAGGGCGGUGUAUGCUUUCUAUCCUGGUGUUGAUUUCAGUAUUCCACCAGAGGAAAAGAAAGUACCGGAACCUAUUCGACCUCUUCCCGUGACUUUUCAGCAUCUUCUCACUGAAGCGUACGUACCGCGCGUUGAAGAUCGUAAGUCACCCAAAGCAUCGCCCAUGUACGCUGAAGCGAUAUCUUUCCCAGAGCAUGUUAUGCUUGUUGCUUGUUCUGGGGAUAUCUUCACGCCCGAGAUUGAGGUUUUUGGAAAGAAGUUGGAGCGGGCUGGCCGUGAUGUUGAGGUUGUCAGGAUCCAGGGGGCUCAUGGUUGCGAUAAGACUACGAACCCAACGAUGUUCAAGGCUGAGGCGAGAGAUUUCGCCUACUCCAAGGUAUUGCAGAGCUUACAGUAUAUUAUGUAAUAAGCAGCAUGGCUAGAAUGAGUACAGCGAGGCAGGCAAAUCAGCCCUAUAGUCUGCCGGUGGCAGUUUGGACGGCGGUAGACUUCAUGAGGUGUGAACACAUGAACAUUUACAGCAAGUUUUGCUAUACAGGCUGUUCAGGAGUUGGUAUACUGGUAUUUCUCGUUGUGCUGUCCUGAAAAAAAGCGUCGCCGAGUUGGUUUGUAAGGGUUUCUGAUGAACAUGCAAUAUACUCGCAGGAACAAGACAGAGCAGCGCUGUUUAAGCCGCCUCGACAAUGAAAGGUUCAGGAACUGAUUUACAAUUUAUUAUCCUAAUCUAGUCUAGUCUUAACAUCAUAUUGAAUAUAAAUAUGCAUGGGAUCCUCAAGUAAUACAAGAUCAUUCA